AUAAGACCUUUUUUCUUAAAAGUAAUAUACAAUUUAUGAUCUAUAAAAAGUUUACGGCAUCAUUGAAGAUUGUAUUUAUAUGUGAAGAGCUAACCAAAUUUACGAGAGUUUGGGUGUUCGAAAAUGAAGUAGAAAUAGCAAAGGCGGAAUCGCAAUGUUCUGCUAAAUUUAGCCGGACGGGCGGAGUGCGUCGCGGCGCUCGCGUCGACCAACUGUGUCGACCUCGCUUUGUUCUCCAUCUGUGAGAAUAACAUACCUACAAUAAUAAUAGUUAACACAAAUUAUAUUAACUACAGGAAUGUUGUAUUUACCAAUAGAGACUUGAUCGCUAAAAUGUAAGUCGGUUAAAGCCGUGCUGUUCAAUUUCGCGUGCAGUGAUCUAUAUUGAGGCUAACAAUGAUGAUCUAGUUUUGGCACUUGACCCCGAUAAUUAGGCACCUUUCUUAAAUUUGGGUAAUGAACGGUGACGUAGAAGUGGAGGCGUCGCGCCCUCGUCCUCUAUCAGGAGGUAUCUGGACCCUAUUUUCAUGGUUGCGUCGAUCAGAAAGGUCUUCGUCUUCUUCCAGUGAAAGUAUAUCGAGCGUGGGCUCGGAUCGAACGGCGGCCAGUUUCGACUUCUUAUCCCCAAUACAUUAUAAACUUUCCGCCCCACCAGUAAUUUUACCACCUAAUUCUCCAACUGAUUCAUACAAGAAGCGGGUGCACGAACGAAAUCUAAGACGCCAACAAGAACGAAAUAUUACUUUACAUCGAAAAUACGGACUUUGGAGAGAAGACGUCGGAUACGACGCUUUCAGUUUACCCCCUGUACAUAAAAAUACUUCUGAAUGUAACAGUAAACAGGGCAGAUGUCGAAGAGCGGCGAGUGAAUGCUUGCAACGCAGAGCAGCUUAUGUCCCUGGUAAACGACGAGCUCCGUUGCCACCAAAUAUUACAUCGGUUUCCUUACCUCGUAAUUACAAAAGAAAACGACCAGCGCCAAAACCCCCUCUACGGUUGGAUUUAAUUAAAAAUAAAGAAAAUCAGGAAAUUAAUAAUAAUCAAUUGCAAAUGAAUUCUGCAUCAAAUAACAGUAAUCAACGAGAAAAUAAUGAUAGCGAACCAGGGAGAUUGAAACAAAGUAAAGAAAUAAAAGUUCGAUCAGAAAAAAGUUUUCUAAAACAAAUAUUUGAAAAUAAAAAAAGGCAUUCAGCUGUAGAAAUAUCCCACGUAAAAUUACUUCCAAGCAUAAGUGAACUUGAUAAGCAAGCCGCUGAAAUAAUAGAAACUAACAAGAUGUUACAUAAUUUUAAGAAUAAUGCAAAUGUUGAUCAAAGUAACGCAAUACAACAAAACAUGUUGCCAAAUGGGAAUAUGUGGAUGUGUACUAAAUGUUUAAGAAAAUAUAACGUUACGAUUAAAUCGUGCGUUUAUUGUGUACCAAAAUUUAAUAAGUUAAAUGAACUGGUGCCAGCAGGUACACAAACAGAUUCAAAAGAACGUCAGAGAUUCAAUAAUUUUUUACAAGAAAGUGAGGAAAAAAAGAAAUUGAAGGAAAUGCUUAAAGAAAUGAAAGAUUCUCUUCCAAAGAAAUCCAAAGAGAAGGAACUAAUUAAAAAUCUUAAUUUAAUGGAAAGAAAUCAAUCUACGGAAACCCCAACCCUUCGAAUAGGUUCUUCAAUAGAAAAUAGUGUACUGCAUCAAAACAACUUUAAAAUUGCAGGACAGCCUUUAUUAAGGACGUCGGAUGCGAUUCGAACCCAACAACAAAAGAUUAACGACAACCUGAUAAGCAAAGAAAAUCCGCAAGAGAAAAUUAACAAAACUGAGAGCAUAAAUGUCGAUCGCACAAAUGAAAAGUCUAUUAAUAAGAAUGGAAACAAAAUACCAAUGAAAGAAAAUGAUUCUACAAAUGAAAACAGUCAAAAACUAACUUUUCCCCACACAAAUGUCACAAAUGAAAUUGAAAAACGGGUAAUUAACAAGAAUAUGGACGUUAAAGUGAAUGUGAGUAAAUAUCCCAAUGUAAACCAAGAUGAGUUAUUAGGGCAAGCAAAUAUUGAAAAUGUGCACACAAAAAAUACAGUUUUAAAUACAAAUUUGAGUACAAAUAUUAGCAUACAUACUCCGCUGAAAAUAUCGUCAUUACUCAAUCCAAUUUAUCUUCCAAAAAACAAAAGUCCACUAGAAAGCUCGACUAGUCUUGUUCCUUCUGAUGUUUCUGAAGUGACUGAUCCAAUAAAAAAGCCCGACCAAAAUUUAUUAAAGCCUAAUCAAUCAAAGAUCACGAGCAAUUCUACGUCGACCAGUAGGUGCAGAUUAGAUCCUGAAAUAGUCUCUCAAAUUAUAAAAAAAUCAAUAGAAGAAAAACAGAAAAGCAAGCAAGAAAAAAUAUGCAAAAAAGAUAACAUACCACUGUUUGACCAUGCGAAAAAAAGGGAUUUAAUAAAUCAACUGGAGCUGUCAAUUGCCAAAGGAGAUGAAAAUGCAGCAGCUGAAGCUGCCGCGAAGUUAGCUAAACUGCGACUCUCUUGUUCUGUUCUUUCAUAUUCAUCGCAAAUUGUUGCUGGUCCAUCUACAUCUAGCAUGUUUUUAACAAAUGAGAAUGAAGCAAAUUUUGAAUUUAAGAAUGUGAAUGAGAAACACAAUUCCCAAGAAAAUGCAAAGCCGCUAAAUGAUUCUCCUAGUAAAUAUGUCACACUUAAUGAAAACAGAGCAACUAAUCAACAUGAUAGCCCAAAGAAAGAAGAAAAUAGUGAUAAUGUUGAUAACAAGAAAAAUUUAAUUGAUAAAAAAACGCCUGUUAACGACUUUGAGAAAGUUUUGAUCGAAAUAUGGAUAGAAGAUAAAGUAGCGGCACGAGGACCAGUGCAAUUAAAUAUUUUGCGGAAUUCAACAGUCGCAGAUUUAAGACAAGAAGCUGAAAAUACUUUUGGCUUGGCAGUUCGUUUACAACGUUGGAUAGUUGGAAAAACACUUUGCACAGACGACACCUUACCCAUUAUUUCAUUAGCCGGACCUCAAUUUACAGCUCCUUUUUACUUGUGUUUAGUGGAAGCAGAAGACCUUAAAAUAGAACCAGUUGAUGAACUACGUGAAAAUCCAGAGCCGAUUAUUUUAGAGAAUAAAAAUACUUCAGGUGAAUUUUAUACAGAAUUGAUUAAAUUAGAACAACAGGCACUUGUUUCUAAUACUGAAACUUUUGAAUGUGGAGUGUGCAUGGAAGAAUGCGCCAUUGGAAAUGGAGCGGUCCUUCGUGAAUGUAUUCACACAUUUUGCCGAGAAUGCCUCUCUGACGUUGUGCGCCAUUGUGAAGAACCAGUCGUUCCAUGUCCGGCUAUCGGUUGUCCCGGUGUUUUGCAAGAUCGUGAAAUCCGAGCACUUUUAUCUGAAGAUGAUUAUGACAAAUGGUUAGCUCGAGGUUUAGCAGCAGCUGAAAGCGGCACGCGUAAUACGUUCCACUGUCGAACAACGGAUUGUUCGGGAUGGGCAUUUUGUGAGCCCGGUGUGAGAAGAUUUCCUUGUCCUGUUUGCAAACACAAUAAUUGCGUUCCUUGUCAGGCAGUCCAUGAAGGUGUUACUUGUGAAGAGUAUCAAAGAAAGUUGCGCGAAACUGUCACAGCCGUUGAAAAUAGCAAUACCGACGAGGGUACGCAGGCUCUUCUUAAUUCUUUAAUUUCUCGAGGCGAAGCUCUCGAAUGUCCAGAAUGUAGCGCUAUUAUAACUAAGAAAUGGGGAUGUGAUUGGGUUAAAUGUUCCGCGUGUAAAACUGAAAUAUGCUGGAUUACUAAAGGCCGACGCUGGGGCCCCGCCGGUCGGGGCGAUACUACCGGUGGCUGUCGUUGUGGUAUUGACGGUAAACGAUGCCACCCCUCGUGUGGUUACUGUCAUUACGCGGUCGUGGGCGGCAGGAACAUGCUGGCGAGCGAGGCGGCGAACACCGCGCCGAGCCCCAUCGCGAGCGGUGCGCGCAUGUUGAGGAACUCGCCCGACGGCGCGCACACCGCGAUCGUGCUCAAACCACCCACUACACCAGCCGUAUACCUGCAAUCCCGCAUCAGUACAGGUCCACCAAGGAAACAGAUGGGUGCAAUGACUGCGCCCAUGAUACCAGUGUGCACCAUCCAAGCUAUUUGUUUGGCUCCAAAGCCUGGCUUGUACUCCAUGCCUCGCACUACCAUGCCAGACCCAAUCAUAAAAGUUGAUUCUGAGGAAGAGCUAGACCCCGAAAAUCAUAAAAAAUCUUUAGAGAAGCUCAAGAAGAUAGAUCCCGAUUUUUACAACUUUUUAGAAGAGAAUGAUGAAAACUUGCUCAACUUUGGUGUUGAUUCCGGUGAAGAGGGCUCCGAUAAAGAUGAUGAGGAUGAUAGUAAUCAAGAUGAGGAUAAAGUGCAUUUACCAGGACCACUUACAGUGGACAGUGAUGAGAGUGAUUUUGAGGAUGAGGGUGUAAAACAUGUAAGUGGAAAAGUUACCUUAAAAAUGGUUGCACAUUGGCAAUCUAAGCUGCAAGCUGGAGGGACUGUUAAACGCAGUACAUUAAUUACUGUUAUCAAAGUAUUUAAUGCCGCAAUGGUAAGGGCUACUAGUGAUGAUGGCGAUUCCACAGGAGAAUACAAAGUGGAAGGAUCUUCUGUAUUCAAUGCAGUAAUUCAGAUGUGUGUUUUAUAUUUACCUCCUGCACUUAAGAAUCACUUGGGAAUGGAGAAGUCUGACAAGGAUCCACAAAAGAGUAAACAUUUCACUAAACUAAAGGGUUACUUGGUUUCAUAUCUAAAAGAUUUGUUAAAAUUACUUGGAGGUGUUACCUCAGAAAAUAUACUUACAGUACUUUUAAAACAUUUGCAUCAAAUGUCAAUUUAUAUUGCAUGUUUCACAAGAAUAUCAAAGUUAGCACUCAAAAAGCUUCUUUCAUUGUGGUCAACUGGAGAAGAAACUGUCAGAGUGCUGGCAUUUUUGAGCAUUUUAAGAAUCACGAGAAACCAACAAACAGAGUUACUCCAUUUAGUCCUAAAGGCUAUGUAUAUGACAUACGUAAAGAACUGUAAGUUUGUGAGCCCUUCAACAUGGCCAGGGAUAAACUUUAUGAGGAGAUCUUUAGUGGAAAUGUUUGCUUUGGAUUUAAAUGUUUCUUAUCAACAUGUUUUCCUAUACAUACGGCAAUUGGCUAUUCAUCUCAGAAAUGCUAUUGUUGUACAGAAAGUUGAAAAUCGACAGGCUGUGUAUAAUUGGCAAUUUGUCAACUCAUUGCAUCUAUGGGCAGAUUUGAUUUCGUCAACUUCAAACAAACCACAAUUACAAGCAUUACUCUAUCCUUUAGUAAUGGUCAUAACCAACACUAUAAAAUUGGUGCCAACACAUCAAUACUAUCCUUUGAGAUUCCAUUGUGUUGAGAUUCUUAUUAAUUUGUCCAGAGAAACAAACACAUUUAUACCAGUGCUGCCCUACCUAGUUGAGGUUUUAUCAUCAUAUGAUUUUAAUAAGAAACACAAAAAAGUGUCAAUGAAACCCUUGGAUUUCUCAUGUAUAUUAAGGUUAGCAAAAUCUCAGUUAGCAGAGAAUGGAUUCAAGGAUUCAGUUAUCGACAGGGUUUAUGCUCUUCUUUUAGAGUACACGGCUAGCCAAUCACAUAGUAUUUCAUUUCCAGACAUGUCAUUAUUGGCUGUAUUACAGAUGAAACAAUUCCUAAAAACAUGUUCAGUGGCAAACUAUACCAAGAAAAUAAGGCAGUUAUUGGAAAAAAUUGAAGAAAACUCAAAGUUUAUUGAGAAAGAAAGAGCGAAAAUCAGUUUUUCUCUUCAUGAAAAUAAAAUGAUUGCAGCAUGGGAAGCUAGUAUUAAAGCAAAGGGUACACCUCUAGUGGCAUUCUAUGAUAACUGGAGUAAAAUUAACAGAAUUCAAAAACGUAAGAAGAUAACUAAAAAUGAUGAAUUGGCGGGUGAACUUCCUAUGAUAAAGAGACCUAAAAUAGCUGAAACUGAAGAUAAACCAACUAAAAUAGAAAAGAAAGGGCCACUUGUAUUAUUCCCAUCUGAUAGUGAAGAUGAGACGGAUAAUUUUAAACUUGAGGAAGACAAUGAAAAGCCAAAAGUAAGGAAAGUCAAAAAGAAAGUCAAGAAAAAUAAAAUGCAGACAGUGGGUAAGGAGAAAUCAGUGUCGGAAGAUAAUAUUCCAGAUAAAGAUGAUGUUGUACAAGACUUUAGUGUGAAGGAUUGGUAAUAAAUAUUCUCCUACCGAA